UUUCCUAUGGGCAUUUUUAAUGCGCGCACAGCUCUGGCCGUGCAUGCGCAUUCCGCUCCACUCAGGAGCUGACGUUGGUGUGGGAGGAGAGGUCAUCAGCGCCGAGGGAGCCUGACGCUGGAUUAAAGUUACACAAAAUGACUGACAACAAUGAGCUCAGUAUAAAUUGCCUUCUCUUGGGGAAGACUAAAAGUGGGAAGAGUUCAAUUGGAAACAGCCUGCUGGGAAGUUAUGAAUUCAAAAGUAAGUUUUCCCCAUACUCUCUAACCAAAGAAUGCCAGCUUUGCCGAACCUACAUACCUCAGUUUGCUCGGCGUAUGGGUAAAGAACUCUGCCUGAAACUACAGGUGUUGGACACACCAGGAUCUUCUCAUAGCAGCUUGGAACAUGAAGAGGUGAAGCACAGAAUAAAGAGAGCCCUCUCCCAGCAAUUUUCAGGAGGGUUACAUAUGGCCUUACUUGUCCUCAGGGCUGACAUACCUUUCUGUGAAGAAGAUAACCAGUACACUGUCAAAUUAGCAGAGGAACUUCUGGGCCCUACGUGGAACGAUUUUACCACGGUCAUAUUUACCCAUGGAGACAAGCUAAGCGAGACCUGUAUGAAAGAGGAUGAAUACCUUAUGUCUGCUCCUAAAAAGCUAUUGACUCUACUGGAAAAAGUACAUCAAAAAUACAUUUUUAGAGAUCCUUCAGAUAAAUCCCUACAGAAGGAAAGAUCAAUCCUAACAAGUCAAAUGUUUGAUUACGUGAAGAACAACAAGUACCAAAGUUUACACUUUGAUUGAUACAUUCCCAGCAAGGUUUGCGCAAAAGUGUUUGUCAGUGUUCUGGAGAUACAAAGUGGAUAUAAAGCACAUUUGUAUAUCAUACUGGCAUGGACUGCCAACUAGAGGAUUUAUUUUACAGCAUACCUUAAAUUGGCAUAUGGUGCUUCUAAGAGAUUUAGGACUCAAAGAAUCACAAAAUGUGUGAUGGAAGUCAACAUUCACUCUGACUUUUUGUUAAAUUUGGUAGAUGCACUUUGCUGGCUCUUUAUGUUUGUAUUAUUGUGGUGUAUUAACCUGUAAAAGUAUCCUUUAUUAUUACACAGGAACUGACUUAAGGAAACAUUCUUUAUCUUUUCAAGUACCUGGAUGUUCUUUAUUUUACGAGAGGUGCACACUGGCAAAAAUAGCAAAAACUAAGUGCUAGGACAUUUUCAUACAUCUUCUUGUUCAAGUUAGAAAUCUUUUUAAAGGGAAAUUCCAAGCACAAUAAC